AAGUUUUGUUGAUUCACUUAGCGCUUGUCUGAAACUAGUUCGUCAGACGACUCGGGUCUGACACUCCCCUACUUAUUCCCCCAAAUGGACAAUAGUAGGCAGCCAGCUCCCAAAUCUCGCGUGAGAUAAUUCUCGAGUCCAUCUGGAAAUACCCCCAGAUCUGUCGGCGAGGUGAGGAGAUGUCAUAUCUACCGAUGGCCGUCGAGAAAUAUCCGGCGUCGGUGGAGGCUGUGGCCGGCGAGGAAUGUUCACGCGCCGCCAAAGGGCUCGACUGCUGCGAGGGAGAUAAGAAGGCGGCGGCGGUGGCCAGCAGCGAAGUAUUGGAGACUUCAGGGAAAAAGAUGUGGCGGCUGCCGCUGGACGAGAUCGAGUGGAUCCUCGCCCAGUCGAACGAACCUGUCUGUGCCGAGUUUCGGGCCCUCAAGCGCGCCAACCCGUCGCUGCUGCCAUCGCAUGAGGAGGAGAAGGACGAGUCAAUGGUGCUGCUGUACGCAUGUGCCCGCGACUGCUAUGAGGAUGAAGAGAAGUUCGCGCGAUUCCAGGCCUGGGUCCGCAGCGAGUACAACUCCAAAGGAUUCGUGGAGGUCGACUACGACUACUUCGGUGAGAGGGCCGAGGCGACGAGGCUGAGCGAGGAAGCACGGGAGGAGGUGUUCAAAGACACGGAUCUUUCUUCAGACAGCGAGGAUGACGACGAGUUGAAGCUUCUCAAGACGACAGUUAGGAGCUGGGUCUGAAACCCAUAGUUAUACCCAAGCCUCUAUUUCAGGCAAGGUUUUCGCCGUUAGAUUAAACCACUUGUACGAAAGUGACCUAUGGUGAAUCCUGCAUGUGCCGCGUGGUAUUAUUUUGGUA